AUGUCAAAGCGUAAGGGUGCAUACAGCGAGGAGAGCUCUGGCUCUCACACCCAUGAUGUAGUUCAACCUCGGCCAUUAAAGCGUUCACGCAUCGCCAAUGCAGCUUGCAACUCGCCAUUUCAGGAUAUACUCACCAGAAUAUCUUCUGAAAUCCUGUUGCGAAUCCUUUCAUUUCUUUCAUCAUCCGAGCUCCUCACCAUUUCCCCCACUUCCCGUCGCCUUUACCGUCUUGCCUCGGAUCCUCACCUGUGGCGCGAACAUUACUACGAGCGGUUUGUCCUCCCGCGCGCGUUGCGCAUACCUGGAUUUCGCAUCGGUGGAGCUGGCGGUACCAGACUUCAAUACUCGGCGCGGCGGGCUGUGUGGGCAGACGGAAGAAAAGGCAGAGCGCCGGACGAUGAGUUCUUGAAAGAAGGCAGCAAGAACGAAAGCGUUGAUUGGAAGAGACAAUACAAGUUACGCCACAACUGGGCCAGAGGUAAAUGCGCAGUGGAGGAAGUCAGCGUGCGGGAUGCGUCAGAAGAGGGUGACGGGCAAAAGAGAACGCUGAUCAAGGUCGUUGAGGGCAUAGCGAUAACGGCCGACUCGGAAUCUGGAUUACGCGCAUGGGACCUUCGGACGCGACGGCCAACCGCGCAACUCGAAUUUCGCGAGGGCGACGAACAUGAUGAUAAUGCGCCGACAUCGCUUGCAGUGGACGAAAGCAGCUCCGUGACAGAGGUGGAUAUUGUAGUGGGAUUUGCUAAUGGCGGUUUCGGGCUGUGGCGGUUGAACCUGGAACAACAAGAAUUGACACGGAGAUACCGGCACGAGAAAAGCUGCAAUGGGGAAAUUAUCGCGGUUGCCUGCGGUCAUCCUUAUGUAUUAACAGCGACAACGGCUGGUCUGAUCUCACUCUAUACAUUUAAUCGACCGGCCCCUGAGCCUACAGACGACUCUACGAACAAUGCCAACAAGAUUAUCAAACCGCUCUCGCACGGGGCAGUGGAGCAACAGGUGAAGCCUCGAAACAUGAGCACGAUCCUGCCGCCGCCCUACCUUCUUACGUCUCUCAAGUCGCACACCACACACCUUCCUCUCGCUCUAUCGAUACGACGUAUGCCGGCUUCCGCAAACGCCUCUAUCGCGUACACCUUCCCAGUCCGCGACGGCUGGUGUAUCGGCGUCCAAGACCUACUCAUAACGCCGUCUCCCGAUGGCUCCGGCGUUGACAAAUUGACAUCCCGCCUUGCUUCGACACUCCCCAUUGCAGCCUCAGGCGGCGUCGAUACUGUCCGAACUCACGGGUCACGUUCAGAGCUUAUGACCCUCUGUUACAGCCACCCAUACCUCCUCGCCACACGGCCAGACAACACACUUGUUUUAUAUCUCUGCACGUCAACCACCAAAUCUUUCUCGCUGUCUUCUGGCAUCCGCCUCUGGGGCCACACGUCAGGCAUCUCGGACGCUGAAAUUACACCGCGGGGUAAGGCUGUUAGUAUAAGCACACGGGGCGACGAGAUCCGCGUAUGGGAGCUAGAGGGCCGCGUCGGAGGCAGCAGCAUCGAGGUGCGACCUACGACUAGGCAACCGGCUGAUGGCACAGACAGUCCUACAACAGUACCGCGGGCCGAGUGGGAGGACCGCAGGAAUUGGGUCGGCUUUGACGAUGAGAUGGUCAUCGUUCUCAAAGAGACACGAGACGGUCGCGAGAGCUUGAUGGUUUACGACUUUACAUGA